UUUCUUUCAUUCAAGACCUACAAUCUCUCAGGUCUCUCCAAUCUACAGCAUUUCAAAAUUCCAACAGUCAGACUAGCUGAAAACAUCCCUUUCAAUCUAGAACCAAUUGUGCCAAAGAUUGAUCAUGACAUCCUUGCCAACAAAAGCUAUGAACCCAGUUCAAAUUACAGCAAUCCGACCUCGAAGAACAAAAAAUUCAAUUUCAAGCAUUCAGUACCACAAACCGAUUUUCAAGCAGUCCAGAUUUACCUGAGAGAUAUGGCCUUUGGAGAUCAUGCGGCGAACGUUGCCGGCGAUGAAGGUUUUGGCUCUGGACAGAGCUUCGGGAUCGCUGUCGAGGAGCCAUACCUUGAGGCCAUGGACGGCGGCGAGUUGAGCGAUGCCAGAGCCCAUUUGGCCGCUACCCACCACUCCCACCGCCUUGAUCUCCACCAUUUUUGCUCUUGCUCAGUCUAUUUCCUACUCGAACAAGCUCGCAGCUUUCCUUCUAAGAUCCUUGCUAAUUAUUACUUCAUUUAUUGAUUACUUAAUUAUUAUCUAAUUGCAAUUUUUUGUGUAAUAAAUUAAUAAACAAAUGACUGUAAAAAAAAAAAAAAGUAAAAAGGUCUGCUAGCAGAAAGUCGCGCGAAAAUUGGGUUUGGGGAAGUACUCAUCAGUUCUCUUCCUUUUACUCAUUUUUUGAAGCAACCCAUCAAAUCCCUAACCUUCAACGUUCCUUCUCCCCACAGUCUCCAAUUUCUCAAUGCUCUAACACUGAAAAGGUAGCUCCUUUUUCAGUUUUCAAUACUGGUCGCCCUCCGACUAGUCAUUCAACGGCUGCCGCGACGGCUCGUCAUUCCCUCCGCCGCCCUCGGAUUUCUGGCGCUCGCCGGUCGAUUAAGGAGAAGUAGACACCAGCUGUAUUGGUGAUCUGGGACUUAGUUUGUUAAGCUUGGUCUGCUGAAGAGUGAGCAAUUGGAGGCAGAAGCUUUGUUUUUUUAGCCUACAUUUGGUGAUUAGGAUAGUUCUAGUUACUGUUUCUUGCUAGUGGAGAAACUGAGAUGGAAGCAAGGUGGAAAAAGUGGUGUCCUUGGGGGAUAUUAUUACUUCAUGGCUUAGCUAUACUCAUGUUCACCAAAGGGUUCUUGCUAACUCGAACCGAGCUUCCCUACUACAGCAACUGCUCUGAUAUCUCCGUAUCUCCUUGCUUAUCUUCUCCUGAUGCCAAUGUUGAUAAUCAUAGUAGUGGUCAUUUGGAAAAUGCGAAACAGGACCAGCAUUGUUGGAGCAAACCUGCUGUGGACCGAUUGGUCAUCAUUAUUCUGGAUGCCCUCAGAUUUGAUUUUGUUGCUCCGAGUGCUUUUUUCCCAGAGAAAAAACCAUGGAUGGACAAACUACCGGUGUUACAGAAUCUGGCCUUCACACAGGGAUCAUCUACCAAGAUAUUCAAGGCUAUUGCAGAUCCUCCAACUACUAGUCUCCAGCGCUUGAAGGGCUUGACCACUGGUGGACUGCCUACUUUUGUUGAUGUAGGAAAUAGCUUUGGUGCUCCAGCCAUUGUUGAAGACAACCUAAUACAUCAGUUGGUAUCAAAUGGAAAGCGUGUGGUGAUGAUGGGCGACGACACAUGGGUUCAAUUGUUUCCAGACCAUUUUAACAAAUCUUAUCCUUAUCCAUCUUUUAAUGUCAAAGAUCUUGAUACGGUCGACAAUGGAUGCAACACACAUAUAUUCGAAACCUUAUAUCAAGAAGACUGGGAUGUACUUGUUGCACAUUUUCUUGGUGUGGACCAUGCUGGUCACAUAUUUGGUGUUGAUUCAGCGCAAAUGAUAGGAAAAUUGGAGCAAUAUAAUCAGAUUUUGGAGAAAGUAAUUGAAACGCUGGUCAGAAAAUCUGAACCUGGUGGCUUACAUGAAAAUACUAUUCUGCUUGUUAUGGGUGACCAUGGACAAACACUAAAUGGCGAUCAUGGAGGAGGGAGUGCUGAAGAGGUUGAGACAACAUUGUUUGCAAUGGGUUUUAAGCAGCCUCCUUCUGUGGUCCCUCAUGAAUUUGAUUCCUCAUCUUGCCUAUUAGAUUCGGACGGGAAGAAGUGUGUAAGCUCUAUUCAGCAGCUCGACUUUGCAGCGACUGUCUCGGCAUUGCUCGGUAUUCCCUUUCCUUUUGGAAGCAUUGGGUCUGUGAACGCUGAGCUAUAUGCUUUAGCUGCUGGCACAUGGAACUGGAGGGAUCUUGACACUUCCAAUCAGAAACAUCAGUCAGAGAUGGAAAAAUGGAUGAAGAACUAUGUGAAUACACUUUGCGUGAAUUCUUGGCAGGUCAAAAGAUAUAUUGAUGUUUAUUCAGCUUCAUCAAUCAUUGGAUUCUCAUCUGAAGACUUGGCUCACAUAUCUAACAAAUAUGCGGAGUUGGAGGAGAACUGGUCCCAUUCUAUAAGAAACUUACUCACAUGCCAAACUGAGAGCUGUAGCUUAGUAAUGGCUCAGAUUACCAAGCAAGUUAAUCUUUAUCUUGAUUUCCUAUCACAUGUCUCAGAGCUAGCUCGUUCCAAGUGGACUGAAUUUAAUUUGAAGAUGAUGGGCAUUGGUCUUGGGACAAUGAUAUUGUCGCUGUUGAUAAUAAGUCUUGCUAUAUGGAGUAUGCCUACAGUCUCUGGAAUAGGCUUUGAGUCAAUAUUUGCCUUUCUUGUGGUGGUAAUACGUGCAUGCAGCUUCCUUUCAAACAGUUUUAUAUUGGAAGAAGGGAAAGUUGCUUGUUUUUUGCUGGCCACAACUGGCAUUGUCAAAUUACGUUAUUCUAUCAUGAGAAAAGGGAUGUUAGUUGAAGCGAUUUUAUUCCUUCUAUUGGUCUUAGGUCUCAGAUUUACAAUUGAAAUUGGGAUGUCAAAACAGGCUGCCACUUCAGCAUUCAUGCAUGCUUCAUCUUCUUGGAUAACUGGGAUUGCUCUUGGCGAUUCCUUGUGGGGUUAUGCUGCUGAAGUUGGGCCUCUCCUAGUAUUAGUUGUGCUGUCUUGCAUAGUUUACAAAGUGAUUACUGGGAACUUCCAAGGCAUUCAGAAGUACAUUAUCAUGUUAACAAUUCCAAGCUAUAUUCUCAUAGGGCUGCACUGGGUGCUCGAGAGCGACACACAAAAUUUGCCUCUUCUGUUUGAAGGAAUUGGGAGGAACUACAUCCCUCAAGCAAUAUAUGCCCUUGGCUGUUCCCAACUUCUGUUUCUGGCAUUUGGCAUGCUUUUUAAUGAAGACAAAGUUGCAGAUCAUAAAAAUAGCCUGAUGAUUAAGACAUUAUCCAUGUUGUCUGCAUGGAGUCCAAUGAUUAUUUUGUUGUCUGGGAAACAAGGUUCAUGGAUUGCGUUGGCAUCAAUAGUUGGAGGGUACUGUAUAACAAGGUUGCAGAAUACAGGAAAAUAUGCAAAUGGUGGGAAAGCUAGAACCUCAAGCUUCAAUCUUCUCGCUGUGACACAAUGGAACCUUUUAGCAGUAUGUCUGUUUUUCGCCUCAGGGCACUGGUGUGCUUUUGAUGGCCUUCGCUAUGGUGCUGCAUUUAUUGGAUUUGACGAGUUUGUACUUGUCCGUCAAGCAAUCCUUCUAACUUUGGAUACAUUUGGAUUUUCCCUCAUUCUUCCUGUUAUGGGGCUCCCAUUUCUUCUUCUGGGUCUCAACCAAACUAACCCUGGGAAGAAUGUUCUUUUCAAUCAGUUGUCUCAGAUGUAUAUGGCUUAUGGACUCAUCACAGCAACCACAGUGACAGCCACUAUAUUAUGCGUUACUAUCCAGAGGAGGCAUCUCAUGGUCUGGGGGCUGUUUGCUCCAAAAUUUGUCUUCGACGUGGUUGGUCUUGUCCUGACAGAAGUCAUGAUUUGCUUGGCUUCCCUUUUCUAUUUCAGAAGAUGGGUUGUCUUAUGAAGAGCUCAGAGUUCUGCUCACGGACACAUGUACUCCUGAGAAUCUGCGUCCUGUUUUCGUGUGCUUCUUUACCUAGCAGGUUCAGGAUUUGUGAAAAGUGUCAUUUUCUUUAUGUGCUCUCGCACCAAUUACGUCCCUGCAUUCAGUCUCAUACGAUGGUUCUUUGAAACCGUUCGGGUGUCUGGAAAUGGCCAUAUCCUGGAAGAGGACUGCAAAUUUAGAUUGAUUCAAAGAGCCUCCUGUAACAUUUGGAUGUCUCAGGUUCAGAUGCAGCAUCUCUUGGACACUUUCAGCCUCCGCCCUCCUCCGAUAUCUCGAGGUGCAAAAAGCCACUGCCUUUCUGAAUUUAUGCUGAUAGGUUUGAUUGUUUCGUAGAUCAGGACUCCCCCAAGUUUUGCUGUGCUAGUCAUUCUUACAGUAGCAAUGAUACUGGUUUUUUUAUUUUUUUGCCACUAGGAAGUCUGGAAUCUCUCUUGGUCUCCUUUUGAUUAUAGUAUAACAUGUUAAGGG